AUGUCCGACACGGGCCUCGUGAUCGCGAUGAUCUUUGGGACCCUCGGCGGGCUUGCUAUUAUUGUGUGGGGCGGCCUCUUCCUGUUCUACCGCUACAAACUCUUCGAGCCCACGUUCAGCAUGAACGGCGAAGAGUUGCGGGGCAUCCCACUGCGCUCGCUGGCGCCACGCAUGACGGAGGAGCGGCGGCUGAAUUUGCGUCUGGCGCAGCGGCAGCUGCAGCUCAACGCACAGAGGCAGGAGAGGGAGGCUACUGACGUGCGUGGCGAAAACGACAACAGCGUCAGUGGCGGCGACAACAGUACGCCAAGCGUGCGGACGCACGGCAGAAACUCCCGUUGGUUUCGCAGGCGGCCCAGCGCGGACAGCCUCACCAGCACAACGCUUGCGAGCUCCAGCGUAGUGUACGGCCGCGGGGAUUAUCUCUCACACGAGAGCACCCUGGCGCCGCCGUCGCCGCGUAGCCAAACGGAGGCAGGGGAAAGCUACCGGAGCGGGGAGUUGUCGUCAUCAACGAUGCAACUUCCUCUCCGUGAGCGGCGGUUCAAAUUGCGUCACCGCUUUGAGGACAACGCGCGCAACGGACCCUUCGGUGGCUGGACGGACUCCGCGCGUAGCUGCAAUAGCAACGAGGACGGGGAGGAAAUCAAUAGAUCUGUCGAGGUGGGCGUUGUGUCGCCAAGCCUGGAAGGGCAGCGUCCCACACGGCGGCACAUCAUUGAGCAAAAUGCCGCGAUGAGUGGCUUCUUUACGGCGCCGGCGAAUGGGUGGAACCAUGCGCCGUACGCAGAGGAUUGUACUAUUCCUGAGCGUAUGAAUAUAUGA